AUGAUUUUUAAACUCUUUAUUUAUUUCAAUUUAAAUAUAUAUAGCAAUUGAAUAGCAGUUUUGGUCUCAUAUUCAAUUAUAUGAAAGAUAAAGCUUAAAGCGACGGGAGAUAACAGAAUGCUCUCUUGAUGAGGCAAUUGAACUUUAAGGAUAAUGCGAACUGGAGUGAAUAUCGAGCUGAAAAUUAAGUUCAGCAUCAGGAGAUGAGCAUCGGUAGUUCAGCCGCUGAGCUUCAAAAUGGAGGAGAUUGAGAUGCCAAUAUUUCUUUUAAUGCUUGAGUAA